AUGCCCUCCCCACCACCCACGCCCGAAGAAGCCCAGCGCCGCCAAACCGAAGCGCGCGCAGCCGUCACCGCAUCCCUUGCCAGCGUCGGCGCAUCCGUCGACAACGAGAUGCGCACGCGCACCGCCGACCUGCACGCCAACUCUGCGGCAAUCGCAAAGCAGGAAAAGGAGCUAGCGAAGCAGACGGCGGCGCUGGCGAAACAGACUGCCGAGUGGGAUAAACUGCUUCAGGGCGGCACGAAGAAGUUGAAUGAGGUGGGGGAUAUUCAGAACUGGGCGGAGAUGAUUGAGAGGGAUUUGCUGGUGUUGGAGGAGACGGUUAGGUUGGUGGAUGGGAAGGGGAGGGAGAGGGAGGAGUCGGCGAGUGGGACGGGGGGUUGGUAG